UUCAAUUUCAAUUUCGCCCAAAUUUUCACCCUUAAAGGCAAGAACAGUACCCCAGGUGUUCUUUUAAUGAAUCCCAAACCAUUCUGAAUUCUUCAUGUUUUCAAGCUCUUCUUUGACUUUUGGUUUCACCUGUCUUGCUUGUUUAUUCAGAUUGCAAGAAGUCCAGCGAUUCCCGUGAAUAGAAGAAGGCUGUUCUUACUUUAUUUCUUUUGACAAAAUAAGACCCUAAAAUUUCUCCUUUUUUUAUGAUGGAGGCGUCUCCUAUUAGUUUUGACUUAAGCUCUGACGAUGAUGAGGCGACGUUAACUUGGGAGGAGCCGAAGGGCGUCGAUUACAACUGGUUAUCGGAAGUUCUGGAAGUCAUUGAUAAGGUGUUCGACGAUCCCGAUGACGUGAUGGUGGUCGGGGAAGUCAACCCCACCAAGAAAUCAGAAUCACCGAAUUCAGUGGCCAGGAAGGUUGCUGUUGAGGACGAUGGUGAUUGUGUCGUUUUGGAAGGUGACCCAGAUAAGGCAUUGUCCGAUGUUACUGAUCUCCAAGAAGAUUCCGAUGAGUGUCUUAUUGUCGGGCAAAAAGGGCAGAUUGCAUGCAGAGAUUACCCCCAUCCACGGCAUGAUUGUGCUAGGUUCCCUUUCAGUUCAACCUCACAUGAACAAUAUUGUGAAUUGUGUCAUUGCUUUGUUUGCGACUCGAAAGCACCAUGUAGUUAUUGGGGUUCGGGUACCUGUAACUCUGAUCAUUGUCAUGCCACUGAUAAAGAGGAGAAGUGGAAGAAUUUGCGGAAGACUUCCAGGCAUGUCUGGAAAUUUCCCAUAGCAGUUACAAAAGCUCCUGUCGCUUUUCACUCUAUGGCAAUGCCCCGACUUAACCAAGCUCCAUGUGACAAUACACAGUUCACACUGCAAAAUCAAGUUUCAAGGCUAAUUUCAACUCAAGCUGCUUGGAAUCGGAUACCUCAAACUCACAUCCAACAGCCAUCAUUAAUUCGUGCUUGUUCAUCUACCAGAUAUAGGGUUCCAUAUAACCCUGGUGUGGGUAGCCAACAUGUUUUAAAUAGGAGGAGAAUGCAUCCACAUCCAGUCUCACAUCAGUUACAUGAGGUGCAUAAUACUGUAAUUCGAAGGGAUCGAGGUACCAGGAUUAGCAACCUGGGUCCCCAAUUUGUCUCUUCCAAAGCAAUGUCUAAAAGGAUGGAAGUUGUGUCAACAAUGAACCGCACUGCAGAUGUUCCAUCAGAAAACAUUACUUCUGGUAUUGCUUCACGGCAUCAACAGAAUCCCUCUUUUUUUACAGUAUCAAAUGAAAGGAAUUCAAACCCCAUUUGCUGGCCAAAUCUUUGUUCUGGUUCAACUUUAGGGGCACAUACUCACCAGAGCUCUUCACAUCCUGGUAUGGACAGCGUUAUUAACAGUUCAGCACCCUCCCGAUCCUCGGCAUUCGGUCAGCCUGUUCCUCAGUCAAGCCUGAACCAAGAUGCCAGUCACCUUCAGAAUCAAAAUCAACCGGCAACAAAUCUUGUUGUCUCCGAUUAUGACUUGAACUGGGUCAACAACACCAGUGAAUGCAACCAACAACCUUCUGUUGAUUGUUCACAGCUUCAAACCUCCACAAACGAGAAAGAAGCAUCCAAGGAGGUAAAUGAAGGAGAUAAAUCAGUUUUCGACGAGCUGGAGAGCUUCCUUUUCGAUGACCAAUCCUUUCCCGAAGAGUCUCUUGCAGAACUUACUUCACUUUCUGCCAAUCAUAUGUCUUAUGAUACUGGUAUGAUUUUCUUUGAUACCGACAUUCGAAAAGUCUUGGGAUCGUGCAUAACUGAUUAGCAUAGCCUUGUGCAUUCUAGAGAAGUAGACCUGGUCCUCGUGCCACGGACUACAAAAUAGAAGAGAGAAAUUAGAGAUAGGUUGUUGCUUUAUAGGAUUGAUAUAGUGACUGUAUUAUAAUAGAAGGCUUUGAUGGUGUGCAAUUGUACAAAA